UCUCUUUCUCUCGUUCUUUUCAUAUGCUCUACAAUUCUGCACUCUCAUCAUCCCGCGGUGUGCGUGAAACCUUCGCAUCGCUGCCGUUGCUGAUAUCAUCACUCGCCCUCUACACCAUCAUCAUUCUUGACAAAACACAACAACAAAAUCAUGUGUUUCGCUCUAAAUAAAACCACGAUCCACCCACAACCACUCGCUCUACACAAUCUGCGUAUGAAAAUAUUUCACUCGCCUGCACCGUGCACCUACUAACAGUAUUCGCCAGGAUGUGGAACGGACUGUGAUCUAACGAAAGUGGAAUAAUCCUGCUGACGAUAAGCACUCAAUAAUUGAACCGGAAUAAUCGCGUACGGCUAAUCAAAACGAACUUUAAAUCUGACAGCGUGACAAACUAGAAGAAUUGUAGCACACCGAAACGCACGGUAACGAUAGUGAGCAUCCGAGUUCAGGUACCCCUCUACCGGAACGCUCGCUGCGGAAGUUGCUGUUCCGGUGCAGGAGGUAGCGGAUGUUGCGACGACGACCGACCAACAGCGGGCAGAGAUUUUUACUGCCAUUCAAACGCUAGAGCACGAGCAACGCUCGCAAACUACUAGUAGUGGCUGUUCCGCAGCGCUGGGUGGCAGUGCUGCUGCUAUGGAAACGUCUCAUCUGGUGACGGAAUUCAUCACGCACACCGGUGCCAACGCACAGGACGCCGUCAGCUGUUUGCGAUCGUGGGAUUGGGAUCUGAAAAAGGCGCUCAUCGAUUACAAUGACACAUCAACGACCGAGUACUUUAACAGCAAACAAAGCAACAAUGAGAAAUUAAUGAAAGCGCAAACUAGUACAUCAUCACCACUUCCUCCACUAGCGGCUACAGCGGCGACGGCCGUGUUGUUACAACAGCAACAUCACCAUAAACAGCAACAACAACAACAACAACAACAGCAGCCGCAGCACCAUUCGUCCCCAUCCCCAUUCGCUAGCUGUUCAUCAUAUAGCAAUCAACAUCAUGCCAACAAUGGCAGUGCAAGUCUGCAUCUCCACCAUCCGCCGGCAGGGCCACGAUCCAGUACCAACAGCAGUAGCAGCAGCGGUGGCGAUUACGGAUCGUCCUCGAGCCAUCACUAUCAGCCUGCCGUCGGUAUGGGCCAGAGCCGCAAUGGAACACUAAGCCUGCUAAAGCCAACGCUCACCAAAACCGACUCGAUUGACAUUUUUGACUGCAAGAAACUGGAACGAGGCAUCUCGCGGGCAACGGAAAAUGUGACUCUAGUUUCCCGGGCACGACAGGAGUUCGAGAUGGACUUCCACACCCACUGCCACGAGCAGAACGAGAAGAAUCUGAAUUUCAUUGACACACCGGACUACACCUUUACGCUUCCGGAUCUUACCAAAUACUCAGAGGAAUUUCGAAAAUUUCUCGAAAAGGACCUCAUCGAAAGUUCGACACUCAACUCACUGGAAGCGACGAAUCGGUUGAACUGGUGGUACGACUCAGGCGUGUGUCGGAAGCUGUGGCCGCUGGCUACCACAGGUGAUGGCAACUGCCUGCUGCACGCAGCCUCCCUCGCCAUGUGGGGCUUCCACGAUCGACGAUUAACGUUGCGCCGCACCCUACACGAUAUUCUCUCCAAGGAGGAAUUCCGGGACGCUCUCUACCGACGGUGGCGCUUCCAGCAGACCCGGCUCAACAAGCAGGCUGGUUUUGUGUUUUGCGAAACAGAAUGGGCCAAAGAGUGGGAAGAGAUUGUGGCAAUCGCUUCGCCGGAACCGCGACGUAACUCGAAAUGUGCCUCACGGAGACGCUCGCUGCUGAUCGAGAAAAACCUGGACGGAACGUCGGUCGGCGCGGAUGACGAGAGCGCCACGUACGAGAGCUUGGAGGAAAUUCAUGUGCUUGCACUAGCACAUAUUUUGCGACGAACGAUCAUCGUGGUUUCGGAUGUGUUCUUGCGGGAUAUGAAUGGGGAAGCCUUCUCACCCAUCCCGUUCGGUGGUGUUUAUUUACCAUUCGAAGUGCCAUCGAAUGAGUGCCAUAGGGCACCGCUACUGUUGGCUUACGAUAUGGCGCACUUUUCGGCGCUGGUAGCAAUGGAAACGGUAGGAGAUUAUCCACCGGCUUUGGUUCCACUGGUGGAUGCAAGUAAUCAGUUACUACCAAUCCAGUUCUGUAUAGAUCCGGGUAUAGAUUUCGACUGGCGGGAGUACGACGGUAGCGAUGGAAAUUGGGUGUUGACGGAUAGGGAACAUGUGGCGUUGCUGAAGGAGUACUUGGAUAUUGUUUAUGCACCUGCUGCGGACAGUCCAGACGAUGAGAUCUACGAUGAUUACUCGGAUGAAGAGUACGAGAAGAAAAUAGCCGACGGAGAAAUUGUGUUUGCUGAUGAGAAUCAUAAUAGUGGGACGAGUUCAUCGAAUUUAGCUGCGAUGACAGCGUCGAAUCAGUCACUCCCUCCGUUCCCGCCUGGUGGUUCGGGUAGUGGUUCGAGCGGGAAAAGCAAAGCUGCCAAACAGCUACAAAGUGUGGCCAAACAGUUUGGGAGCAUCGGAAAGAGUAUGAGUAAGAAAUUGAAGAAAAACAUCGGAUCAAUAACGAGGAUUGGAAGCAAGAGUGGGCAGCAUAAAAAGUCAAGCAUUUCUUCGGAUAAAUCAUCGCGAGGAGAAUAUCCUAAAUUUAGAAUUCUAUGUGCCACACUGAAGGCGCGAAGACACGAGUACCAGGAGGAGAUGAUUAGAAACUAUUUGGAGUGUGCUCAGGAACGGUUCCUGGAGGUGGAGCGAUUGCGCGAACGAAAGGAACUGGAGAAGCUUAGUAAAUACGUCGAUCCCGGUCAGGAUGUUUGUGAUUAUGGAGGAGACCAUGGAACGGAUCUGGUUAACUGUAUCAACGCAGGCUGCAUGAAUUAUGGUACCGUCGCUACCAGCUACAUGUGCUUGGAAUGUUAUGAAACGCAGCGUAAACGAGAAUCUCAAACAUGUAAUGUCAACGACUUUAUGCCACGUUACGGGACGGGAAAAUCAAAGUUCUACACCGAGGCAGAUAUGGAGAGCCACGACCGCAUCCAGCAGCUUCCCUCAGUUCGAAGGCUCAAUGAACUCGACCAAACGCUCUACCUGUCACGAUCAACUUUUUACAAUGACAAACGAGCGUUUCCGAUCAGUACUUCUAUGGGGCAGUCUUCUUCCAAUUACAGUCACGGAUUUAGCCCUACGGAACGAAUCCAGCCAUCUUCGAUUAUGCCGAAAAGCGGGCUCUCUCCAGAUUACUCCAGCUGUGCCAAACAGGCAACGGCCACAUCGGGCGGCAUUGUUGCCACAGUAUACUCUCCCGGAAGUACUAUUCUGAACCGAACCCCAUCGGGCGGGAUGUGCGUUUCCCUUCCACCGCCAGCGAUCAGUCCUGUCGCGCAGCAACAGCCGCAACCACAGCAGCUUCCCAGUGCAUCUUCCUCAUCCUGUAUGUCAUCGUCUUCGUCGUCCGGUUCGAACACGUCGGAAACGACGCUGCAGCGGCAACCACUCGCUUCGGCCGAGAUCGCUGUCACCAGUAGCCACUAUGGUAAAAAUCAAAUGUGUCGAACUGAGGGCUGCAAGUUCUACGGAAGCAUCAACACGAACUUCUACUGCUCCAAGUGUUGUCAGGAGUAUAACAUCUAAAAGUGGAGCAUCUGAUGGAGGGUUGAACAUUGUAAAUAGUCCUACUACAGGUAAGAACGUUGUUAUUCUUCUAUACAUUUAUAAGGUCAACCAAUUUGGAAAAAAACAGAGAAGGAAAAAACGACUCGAGUGAUGAGAGCUCAGAAAAGAGAUAUUGUUCUGUUCUUCUGUAUUAAGCGCAGAAGGGAGUUAUUCUAUAAUUCUAGUGGAGUGUGAUUUCAUCGCGAGUCUUAACCGUUAUAUAAGAAUGUUUGCUCGUAUAAGAACAGCAGCUGGCGUAAUUUGUUAAUGUUUGAUUAUUUAUUAUUGAUUUGUUAAGAAUUUGAAUGAAUGUAUUUAGAAAUGGUUUAUGCUAUUUAGCUAUUUAAUGGUUCUGCAAUAGCUACCGUUAUAUUUGCAACAACAUUUCAACAUGUUUUCGUUGGUUACAUCUAUUGAAAACUCUAUUCAAAGUUGCUUAAACUAUUGUCGAGUCAUUAAAAAUCAAACAUAACUGGUUUCAUCUAUAUAUUCUCAGUCUAGUAGUUCUUCAGCUCCGCCAUCACAGUGAGAGGAGCAGUUCAAUGAGGUACCUUUGUACAAAUAUUAUAUCCAAAUGAGGGUUAGUAUCAUAAAACCAAAAAAAAAAAAAAACAAACAAAUACCAAUUCUAUCAUGUCUCUACCAGCUAAAAAUUCUUGAAAUUGCUUUUUGAGGCGCCUUUCUUAAAUAGUGGCUAUAUUAUAAAUGAUGCGAAACAUAUCUUGAAUGAAAUGGGAUUCGAAAUGGGAGCCAAAUAAAAAAAACGAAAACGCUUCGAUGCUUGAAGGAUCAAAACUACAUGUGAAUAGAUGUAUACUGAAACCAAAAAAAAAACACGAGAAUAGUGAAUCUACAUGCAUAAGUUGAAAAUGAACGGAUCAAUUUUGAUACGCAUUGAUAAACGGCCGUUCAGAAGUGAGGGUAACGGUUAUGAUUUUUAAGUGUGCCUUUUAAUUUUUAAUUUCCCGUGUCUAGUAGUGCGCAGCGUAAAAUGUAAGAAAGCGUCAAGUUUGUGAGCAGUACGUUUCGAGCGUAUUCGAUAAAAAAAUGCCAAAAACAACAACCAUCAAAGGAUUAAAAAUCAAACAGAGAUUUCAUUUGACACUAUUCAGUUGCUGCGUCUCGGAUAAUAAGAGGAGAUAGGGGAAUGGAAAUCAGUAGAAAAAGUCGCUUUGUACUUAUGUCAAACAUGCCGUAUUCAUCUCACGUUAAUGUCCUUGUCGCAAAAGGUAAUCAAUCCCACAAACUGAUUACAACUAAGUUUUCCAUACAAAAUGCAAAGACAACAUAGAAAUGUACCGAUCCGGCGUAUCGUUCAUCCCGAUCAUCGCAACUUAAACAGUGGAGAUCGACAAGCAAAAAAAAAAUAAUCUAAAAUAAUCUAGCUUUCUCAACGUUAUUGAUUAUUUGCAGUGGAAUGGCGUCGACAAGUUGAGAGUGAAUUGGGAUAAUUGCACCAUGUGCUUCCAUUAGCUUAUUUAGCCCAAUGGGGACGCAUAGUUUUUUGUUCGAUUCUAUAGCAAUCCACGAGUACCAAAUUGCUCGAGUUCUGAACCAGAAGGAUUUGUAUGUCGUUUUAGUCGAAAUACGCCAGAGAAGUGUGUUCGAAGGUACAGUUGCAAUGUAAUAGAACAACAAAUGCAUUUCAAUAAACAAUGACAUUAUACAAUAAAUGCAGCGUUGACAUAAGUUCGCGAUGGUUAUUCCAUCUGCUACCGUUCAAAAUAGUUUGUCAAAAAAUAUACUAAGUCGCUUCUCCACAUUUAAGCGGUUAUUGGUCGGUCUUGAAUAGUAUCGCGGAUUCUGAUUUUAGUUUCCUGAGACAUCCAUCAACCAAGGGUAAAAACCAGUAGUAAACAGAAAACAAAUGAAACUAUUUAAACUUGUAUUAAACCACACAAUAAAAUAAACAUUUGUAAACGGUUGCUGAUAAACAGAACUAAUAUUUUUCAACUAGCUUUGAGCAUUGCAACAUACAUUAACAAUAACACAAGCAGAGCGAGUCAACCGUGAAUACACGGACAGAGCAAAAGAGAUACAGAGAUGAAUAUAUAUAGAAUCGAUAAGUGAUAGUGAAAGCAGAUGAAACGUAAAUUAUACAUACUAUAUUUAUUGUAUUUCAGCGAAAACAAAACAAAGAAGACGAGAGAUUUAGCAUAUAGGACGUGAUGCAGGAAAAAAACAAAACAUAGAAAAAACUACAGGAGCGCUUGUAACCUUGUUGAGUAACCAAAUAGACGAGCUGAUUCGGAGACGUUGUGAUAUUGAUUGAAAA